AUGGCUAUGGAUUUAAGGGUAGGUAAUAAAUAUCGUAUAGGAAGAAAGAUCGGUUCAGGUUCUUUUGGUGAAAUUUAUCUUGGAACAAAUAUUAUUAAUGGCGAAGAAGUUGCUAUAAAACUUGAAUCUACAAAGGCUAAACAUCCACAAUUAGAAUAUGAAGCAAAAGUUUAUAAAACUCUUGCUGGUGGUGUGGGCAUUCCAUUUGUCCGCUGGUACGGUACUGAAUGCGAUUAUAAUGCUAUGGUGAUUGAUUUAUUGGGUCCAUCAUUAGAGGAUUUGUUCAAUUUUUGUAAUCGCAAAUUUUCAUUAAAGACUGUACUAUUAUUAGCCGAUCAAUUGAUUUCUCGAAUUGAAUAUAUACAUUCAAAAAAUUUCAUUCAUAGAGAUAUUAAGCCUGAUAAUUUCUUAAUGGGAAUUGGUAAACGUGGUAAUCAAGUUAAUGUGAUCGAUUUUGGCUUGGCCAAAAAAUAUCGCGAUCCAAAAACACAUUUACACAUUCCUUAUAGAGAAAAUAAGAAUUUAACAGGCACAGCUAGAUAUGCAAGUAUUAACACUCAUUUAGGAGUUGAACAAUCUCGUCGUGACGAUCUUGAGUCACUGGGUUAUGUAAUGAUGUAUUUUUGUCGCGGAUCACUUCCAUGGCAAGGUCUUAAAGCCGCAACAAAAAAACAAAAAUAUGAUCGUAUUAUGGAAAAGAAAAUGACCACUCCCACAGAACUUCUUUGUCGCACAUUCCCUAAUGAAUUUGCUAUCUAUUUGAAUUAUACAAGAUCUCUUAGAUUUGAUGAUAAACCAGAUUAUAGCUAUCUAAGAAAAUUGUUCCGAGAUUUGUUUGUUCGUGAAGGAUUUCAAUACGAUUAUGUAUUCGAUUGGACAAUUUUCAAAUAUGAAAAAGAAGCUAACAAAGUUCAUCCACCUUUACAAAUGCCAGAAGAUGCAAAUAAUGCUGGUGAAGCUGUUGAUGAAGAUAUCAAGAAUCAAAAACGUGCUGUUAAUAAUAGACAGGCAGUCACUGCCUCAAAUUUUGCUAACGAUCCUUCAACACCUCGCCGUCCAACAAAUAAACCAAUUUAUGGAACUGGUAUCAGUUCUACAAGAGCUGCUACAUCUACCACACCACAACCCAUUGCAAGUGGCUCAUCACGGUUAACAUCAGUUCCUAGGCGUAAUAAAGAUAGUGCUGCACCCGUUACAGAUAAUAAUAAUAGAGUUGUAACUUCAGAUAGACUACUUCGUAGUCAAACUAAAAAUAAUCCAGCGGCAGUAAAUUAUUUAAGUUCGUAUAAAGGUGGUAGAAAAGAUGAUCCAACUGAUAAAUUAUUUGAAGGUGGUAAAAUGGUUGGUAGCUUGAUAAUAUAUGAAGCUGAAUCUGAAGAAUUUGUUAGAAAUCUGGUUAAAGUUGACCCUUAUGUUAUUGGCAAAGUUUGGGAGAAAUAUGAAAUAUGGCCUUUUAAAAUGGCAUUGAAAAGUUAA